AUGGCAACUAAAACUGCAAUUGAACAUUUCCCACAUCCUUUAUUUGACAAUCUAUCUGGAGAACCAAACGUGUGUUUUCCUCGUGUUGUAGACGAUCUGAUCGUACACCAACUAAGCUAUACGAUCAGGUCCAAACCUGACUGGACAACCAAAUACAAGAAUGCGGAGAUCAGAGAGAAGUGGAUCGCCGAGAUGGAAGGUCAAUUGAAAUUGGAAGACAUUGCCCCUCUUCAUCCCGCUGAGAAGAUCUGGAAGUUUGUAUUUGAAGAACUAGCAUGGUAUGACAAGUACGCAGAAGAGAAAGGGUUCACUGCAGGUCCCAACGAGAAUAUCCUGUUUUCGGACAGAGCUAUUGGUGAUGAUUUCAGAGAAUCCUUGAAAAAGUUUGUGAAUGAGAAACUGGAGGAUAUUCCCGAAGAUGCCAAGGACUGGCAUCCUGGAAGUGAUAACCAAGUGUUGGAUUUGGUCCAUCCUUCUUUGUAUCCUUUACAGCAUGGAAAGACACUGGUGUUGACUGAAAAGGGGUUUGAAGUCUCUAAACCAAUAGUUCCCAACGAAGUUCCGAAGUACGCUCCUUAUUUUUCAAACAAAUACAUAUCUGGAGACUUGCAGUGGCUUCCAUCCAUAUUUAACGUUUCAAAAAAAGAUGGAGACUACGUUGUGGAGAUUCAAUCUUACAUCAAUAAUCUUGACCCAUUGAAAUACGGUACCCUGUACCCCUUGAUUGCCUCGGUAUUUUCUAAAGCUGUUCCUGGAUUGAACCUGCUAUUGACCCAUUUGAGUAGCUUGGAAAGACUUAGGGUAGAAUACCCCAGAUUUGACGAAAUGGAUAGGGAUUGGGUAUAUACUGAUGAAUUCCACAAAAAAGUGAAAGCACUUGAGGCAGCGAGAAACUUUGGCGACGACUGGUCAUUACUUGAAAGUCAAAGAGUAAAUUAUAUUAACAAAUCCAAAUUCCUUCUUGAGUUUAAACCACCUGUUUUUGAAAAAAAGGUGGACUUGGCUGAUUAUGGUGAUCUUAAAGUAAUUACUAAGUUAGCUAACAUCCAUCUAACUCCAGAGAAACCUUCUUAUCCUGGGGGUUCAUGGCAUGUUGAGGGUACCGUUAAUGAAGAUAUAGUUGCGACAGUAUUGUACUACUAUGAUUCUGAAAACAUUGGAGAAUCCAAGCUUAGUUUCCGUAAUGCUACAAUUGAGCCACAUUAUGAGCAACAUGAUCAUGAUGGAAUCAGACAAAUCUUUGGACUUUGGCAUGAAGGAAACUUGACUAGAUAUUUGGGGUCUGUUGAUUGUAUUGAAAAUAGACUUUUAAUAUUUCCAAACCUUUAUCAGCAUCAUGUUGAUCCGUUUGAAUUAGUUGAUAAAACGAAGCCAGGUCAUAGAAAAAUUCUUUGCUUCUUUUUGGUGGACCCAAAUAAUAAGCAUACUAUUGCCAGCGAUAAGGUUCCACCUCAGCAACAAGAUAUGUUGGUGGAUGAUAUUACUUCUUUCUUUGGCAAAGAGGCAUCUAGCCAAUUUUCAAAUAAAAUUCUGGAAGAGAUCGCUAGCAAAGUUCAGUAUACUAUGAGUCUGGACGAAGCGAAGAGAGUCAGAGAAAGGUUGAUGAAAGAGAGAGCUCCCGUAGAAGAGUUUGAUUGGGGUGAUGGUCUUGUUUACAAUACAUUGUUCAAUUUAUGUGAACACUAG